AAAAUAUUAUGGCUAUUCUUAUCAAAGAAAGUGCAUUGGUGCUUGUUUUGAGUGCACUUCUCAUAUGCAUUGCUACUUUGUUUGUGGUUUAUUUUCGGAGGAUGAAAUGGAGUGCUCAAAUGAGCCACGUGAACAAGAGUAGUGUUCGUAUUCCCACAAACUGGCCGGUCAUCGGAAUGAUGCCGGCGUUAUUUCAAAACGUCGAUCGCGUCCACGACUACGUGACCGACCUCCUCGUACACAACGGGGGCACAUUUGAGUUUAGAGGGCCGUGGGUUGUCAACAUGCACAUGUUGGUCACCUGCGACCCUGCUAACAUCAACCACAUACUCUGCAAGAACUUCAAGAACUACCCGAAGGGGCCCCACUUCCAGAGAAUCUUCGACAUUCUAGGGGACGGAAUAAUCAACGUCGACUCCGAGCUGUGGGAGCUUCACCGAAAGACAACAAUGCCCCUGAUGAGCCAUCCCGAGUUUUCCCCUCUCCUGGUGAAAACGGUCUCCGAGAAGCUGGAGCGGGGACUUUUCCCCGUUCUGAUCUGGACAAGCACAUUGAGCUGGGAACUCCCUUCGGGCUGAAGGAGAUUUUCCGAAGGUUCGGUUUUGACAUCGGGUGCAUGCAGUUUCUAGACAAGGACCCGGGUAGCCUCGAACUCGACGAGAACGAAAGCCACCCGGUUUGCGAGGCGUUAAAGGCUGGUUUAAAUGCGAUUCUAUACAGACAUGUGCUCCCAGAGUGGUGUUGGAAGUUCCAAAAAUGGGUGCUUGGGGUUGAUAGAGAGAAGAGGCUGAGUGAAGCUUGGGAAUGUUUUGAUCAAUUCCUAAACCCCAUUAUUAUGCAAAAGAAACAACAACAAGAAGAAGAACAAUUUGGUGUGGAUAAUGAUGAAGAUGAAUCCAGCUUCAGCAUGUUGGGUUCUCACCUGAAUGCACACAAAGGAAAGAGUGACAAGUUCUUGAGAGACACUUUCUUGACCUUCAUGGUUGCAGGCUCAGAUACUACCAGUUCAACACUCACAUGGCUCUUUUGGCUCCUCACAAAGAACCCGAUCGUCCAAGAAAAGAUCCUCCAAGAGCUACUCCAACAAAUUAACCCUCCAAGAGACGACGAGGGCAAAAAGGUCAUUGUCGCCGCAAAAGAUUGCCAGAAACUGAUAUACCUCCUCGCCGCCGUCUACGAAUCCCUGAGACUAUUUCCGACCGUACCCUUGAACCACAAAGUAUCCGUGGCCCGGGAUACGCUCCCGAGCGGCCACGUGGUCGAGCCAAACACCAAGAUAAUCAUUCCAUUCUACUCCACGGGGAGGAUGGCUUCGGUGUGGGGCUCCGACUGCUCGGUGUUCAAGCCGGAGCGGUGGAUUUCCCCCGCCGGAGGGAUCAAGCACCAGCCGUCUUUCAAGUUCCCGGCGUUCAAUGCCGGCCCCAGGAGCUGCAUCGGCCGGGAGAUGGCUCUCACGGUGGUGAAGAUGGUGGCCGCCACCGUGAUACUUCACUACCGGUAUGUGCUGACCGAACCCCAUCGGUCCGUUGAGAUUUCCGACUCCAUUCUUCUUGAAAUGAAGCACGACUUGAAGGUCGUGUUCACGCGCCGCCAGUGAUGGGCGGCGGGGUUAAACCCACAUUAUGUUUCUCUUUCUAUUUUUUGUUGAGAAAAAAGGUAAGAUUACUACUUUACCCUCUCAUCCCUUAGUAGUUAAUACUCCACAUGUUUCGUGAUCCCACCCAUCCCCAACCUCUUCUUCAUUGUACCAUCUUGUGAUAUUA